UCUGAAAUUUAUUUUUUUAUUGAAAAAUAGUUUCUUCAAGUGUAUAUGCCAAAGCUCAAUUUGAUAGGGUUGAAUUUCAUCAUCUCAUUUCUUUUAAUUGAACUGAAUUUAUUGACUUCCUCUGAAGUCCUUUUUAUUGUGUAAUAUUAACAUCUAACUUACUGUAAAUACUGUUAUGUCAUCUCCACCAGAGACUCAAGAUACAGAGUCAUCCCAAAAUCAACCCUAUGAAUCUACGAGUCAUCCAAUGAGAGAAGAGGAUAAUGACGAUCCUCAAGUCGAGUUUUGUAAUCUAGCUAGACGAAACCUUCAACGACCCAGUGACCAUUAUAAUCCACCGCCAAGACGAACUCAUAUUGCCAGUAGGAUUCUUCGUGAACCUUGGACAACAGCAUUGACUCAAUUCUCUAAAGUUACCAAUCUUGUUCUUAAUCCAUACGAAGAAUACGAAGGACCUACAAUGGCCGAUAUACGGAACACUUUAAGAGACCCUUUGGGCUAUGUCAGACAAAGGGAGGAAGGUGCUACCUAUGGGCAUCAUCAAAUGUCCAAUCCGGCACCCAUGAACCACCCACCUCCAGCAUUACCACCUAUUGAUUGUUCUAUUCCUCAGCAACGAGUUCCACCUUUAACUGCGGAGGAAUAUAAUCAAAAAUAUGCAAACGCACCUCGAAGAGUACUUCUUGAGCGUAUCUUUCAAGGGGGUAUUCAAAGUAACAAACUGAGGCGUAUAUUAUGGCCAACCAUUCUUUGCAUUACCGAAAAAUAUAGUCUUGAUUGGAAAGAUUUAAACUUAGUCUACACUUACUAUUCCAACCAAUGGAAAACAAUUUUACCAGAUCAAGAAGCAAGAUUUACUGCCUACAGGGAACGAAAAUCAUUAAUUGACAGAGAUGUUGUUCGCUGUGAUCGAACCCACUCCUUUUAUUCUGAGUCCAACCCUGGAAACGUUGAGAAGCUUCGUCAACUUCUUAUGACUUAUAUUAUGUAUGAUUUUGAUACUGGUUAUGUUCAAGGUAUGACCGAUUUAGCUGCUCCUUUGCUUUAUGUUUGGGAUGGUGAUAUACCCAAAGCAUUUUGGUGUUUCGUUCAAGUGAUGAAACUUUGUAAACGAAACUUUGAGAUGUCCCAAUUAGCAAUUAAGAACCAGUUGAAAGCACUAAUUAAAUUGGUUCAGAUCACUGAUCCCGUUUUUGCACAACAUCUAUGUAGCAAUGAAUCUGCAAAUUGUUAUUUCGCCUUCCGUUGGAUUAUUUGUCUUUUUAAAAGGGAAUUUAUGAAACGUAAAACUGAUGAUUACCAUGAUUGUCUUAUUGUCUGGGAAACAAUUUGGUCCAUACACAGUUUAGCCUCUUUAGAUGAUGAAGAUAAGCAAGAUAUGUUUCUUGACCAGAGUCUUUCACCAUUACUUAAUCAAAUAGGUGCUAUAAAGCGUCAAUAUUGGUCUCAUGAAGCCGAUAACUCAGAUAACUCAUCCAAUGGUAUUAUUGAAUUACCCGAUGCAUCGACUCCAUCUGAAUGCGGAUUUCCGAUAAUAAUACCACCGCCAAUUGAUCAUACCUUUUCCUUUGUGCCUAAAAGUGGGCCACAACGUAUUUGUGAACUUAAAACAGUCGAUGAAGAUGUUAAUGAAGCUAAUUGCCCCGAAAAUUCACCCAAAUCACCUGUAAAAACGCUACCUAAUGCGAUACCCAUUAAAACAACUCGACUCAAACUAAAAACUCCACCAAAACCACGACCUGUCUGUGCAAGUUCACCUAGAUCACCUUCAAGACCAUCUUUAAUGUCAACCGUAUUGUCACCACCAGUCCGAGAAAUGUAUUCACAUCCCAUGCCAGACAAUGAAUUUUUAUUUAACUCAAUAAGUUCUAGAAGUUCAAGUGAUGAAGUCAAAAAGUCACCCGUUCCUGUUGGUAAAGAAGCAACUGAAAACAGACCUUUAGACUCUUCAGAUGAGCUUAAAGCAUAUGAAUUUGAUCAUUUAGCUGAUGGAUCCAACUCAUCAGUAAAUAAAUCAGGAAAAUUAGAAACAUUGGAAAAUAUUGAACUCUUCUGCCUUUGCAUUUCUUUGGCCAUCAUCAGAAGGGAAAGAGACAUUAUUUUAUCUCGUAAAUACGAUUCAUGUGCUAUCCUCAAGCACUUCAACACACUUCAUUUGAACGAUUGUCUUAACAAUAUUUUACUUCAUUCAAUGACUAUCUGGCAUUGGUUAAAACACGAUGGAGGAGAAAAGUCACUUUACAAUGAUGAUGAGUUUAAACCAAGCAAUACAAGUGUAGACGAUUUUGAUUUACUCAAUGACGAUGAUGAAGUUGACUGUCAAAAUUUUGCUGCAUUAGCUGUAUAGAAAGUGUUACAUUCAAUUCAUUUCAACAUAAAUAUCAUCUUUAUCAUCAAACUUCACUGAAUCCAAUUAUAAAGAAAAGGAUAAACAUUUUAACCAGUGAUUUUAAAAAUUCUGAAUCCAAGAACCUGACCCUUCCAUCACCAUUGGUCUUAAAAUAUUU